CCUGGCCUCGACAGCCGCCCUCGAACAUUCACCGCAGGCCGAGAACAAAGGACCACGGCUUCUUAGACAACGGAGCCUCAUGCAAUUCACGUCUUCAAACAAAGAGCUUCACUACGAUCGAGCCUUGACGACUCGCUAUUCCCAUAGCGCUGGAGUAUCAACAAACGAGCAGAGCCUUGCUUAUGGUGACGACGAGCUCCCCCCAAAUCAGCCCUAGCAUCUCAGCAUACAAUAUUGCAACGUCGCAACCCAUAUGAUCCCACGGUCGCUGCAAUACCGCCCGGUCUGUCGACACCGCAAUCAUCUUGGCGCAAACCGCGAGGUAGCGCCAGCGUGAGCCCGAGACAAGAUGGCAGCCUUCGUCAGAGUCUCGGGGCCGCCAAAUAGCAAUUUUCUUGUUGGAUAUCCGGGAAUCUCUGCGACUCUGCCUCGAAUAGAAGGGAAGGUUGAAAUCAGGCCCCUGACCGGUAUAUCCGCACCUGUUGCGAUAUCUCUCGUACGGAUAUGCCUCCAACGACGAGAAACGAUACAUCCUUCGGCGGAGUCAAUCGCAAAGAAGCAUUUAGGGACACCCAGAAGAGAGACAACCGAUGUUGUGGGGAAAGAGUUACUAUUAUUCAGGUGUCCGGCUGGAAGAGAGUCAGAGAGCGUGGUGUUAAUGGAUCUUCCCUUCGUCCUUUUUAUACCAUUUGGAAGAAGGGGCGAAGAGAUAAACAGGCGGAUACCACCCGCGUCAUUACAACUUCCAAGUCGUAUAGCGGAGACAUUCUAUGAGUUGGUGGUGACGGUUCAACAAGGCCAGGAGCAGAAGAAGUUUGCAUUUCCAGUGCCGAUACAAAGAUAUGAUACCCUGUCGACUUUCGGGAUGUAUAACCGACCCGAGGCUGCAGAGAAAACAUCAGAUCAUCUAGUUACCCUCGGCAUCUCAUUACCACGGUGGUCCUACGGCCCUUUGGAUCCUGUGAGCGUCUACAUCAAGCUAUCACCGAAUCCGGACUGGAUGAACAAGGCAAAGAAGGUCAUGAUACAAAAGAUUACCAUUGGCAUAGAAGAGGAGAUUACGUUUAAUCCCGAGGGUGAUGAACCAACGAAGAAGGUCAACCGAAUAGCGAAGCAUACCCAGCAAGUCGGGGUGAAGAUGCCAGAGGCUGGAUAUUUCACAAAUCUAGGUUUAGUGUUUCCUUCCAAGGAGUUGCGAGAUCCAGAAGGUAUUAUUCGUCGAGGAAAGGCUGCAUUUCCAAUGUAUGCGGUCAACUCUUUCACCACCACAGGGACGCUCUACAAGAUUGAGUUCUUCCUGAUUAUUAAGGCGCACAUGUCAGCAGCAAGAGACAUUGUACUGAGGCAACCAAUAGUGGUUUGUCCACUUGAUCAGCAAGAUUGUAAGGAGGAAAUGGACGCGAUAGAGCAAGCUGCUAAAGACGCUGCCCAUGUGGACCCGCAUAACCCCAUGUUACCAGCCUGCACGAUAAUACGAGCGAACGAUAAGGAUGCAUUAAGAGCAUUAGGAUGGACCAUGGCUGGAGGGCAAAGGAAGAUGGUGAUCGAAUGAAGAACACCAUCUCACAAAUAUAUCAGGCCGAUUCUACGGAAUCACAUAAACGACGAAUCCCUACAAACUGGACCGGUUUUGUCUCGAGGAGACACAAUCUGAUAUCGGAUCCAUUGCGUCGGGGUUCCAUCACGUCAAGGGAGAGGAAAUAUAAUGCAUCGGCGUCACAGGCGGAGGCGGCCGUCGUGCCAUAUUUGGAGCCGGUGUUUGGAUAGCGCGGAAAUCCAGGAUAAUACUGGGGCAUUUCAGGGCGUUAGAACCUCUUCUUUAUGUUGGAAAUGGUGGAUGAAACAUGGCCAUGAGAGUAAGACCAUUGUUGUACGACAUAGUUCAAUUGAUAAUGAAAGCUACGAUGAUACCAUCUCCGAUUCCUUGCAGUGGCAGAGUUACUGGUGUUGGGUGAUGUGAUACGGCUGUU